AUGGAAUUCACUGUGGAUUCAAUUGUAGAGUGGGUAGUUAUACCAGUUAUCCGAUUUCCAAUUGUUGUUGUGCUCCCAUUUCGGCAAUAUGUUUCCGAAAACCUCCUCAUAGCGCUGCUUGCAUAUUCGGUUGUGCUGUCGUGCUUCCUAAGAUUGAAUAACUGGUUCAAGACGUUUGGUCGAGAAGAUUGGGUUACGAUAGGAAAACUACAAGAUCCUGUUGCUGUGAUUACGGGGGGGUCGAAUGGGCUAGGGAAUGCACUUAUCCUGGAACUACUAUCCAAGUAUCCGUCAUUAAGCAUAGUCAACCUUGACAAGACACCGCCAAAGGCAGAGGAUGACAAAUUACAAGAACGAGUGGUGUACUGUGCCUGCGAUUUGUUAGACACUGAGCAAUUGAACGAGACGCUAGUAAAGCUGAGAGAAGAAUAUGGCGAAAGAAUCAACCUAAUUAUCAACAAUGCAGGAUUCAGACUACCAUACAUGAGCUGUAAAGCUACAGGAAUGAACGAACUUCAAGACAUAAUGCAAGUGAAUAGCAUCUCCCCGGUGAGAAUAAUACAAGAGCUUGUAAAGAACCAACAAUGCUAUAUUGUGAACGUUGCAAGCGCGUUAGGAAUCCUUGCCCCUGCCAAAGUGGCUGGGUAUGCUGCUAGCAAAGCUGCUUCAAUUGCAUUCCAUCACUCUUACUCCUCUGAACUGAAUUCAAGAGGUAUUUCCAAAGUACGGACCCUACUAGUUUUACCUGGACAGCUGGACACAUCUAUGUUUGCCGGAUUCAAUCCACCGAGAAAGUUUUGGGCUCCAGUAGUUUCAGCGUCCCAUUUAGCGCAUAAGAUCAUUGACUGCUGCAAUGUUGGAGUGAGAGGGACGCUGAAGGACCCCUUUUAUGUCAAUUUCGCUUACAUUCUGAUGUCCAUGCCCUAUAUGGUUCAAAAUAUUGUGCGUGUGGUGGCCCGCAUGGAUGACUGCUUACCCACUGAACGAAUUGACAAUUCCAUCGAGCAAUAA